UUCCACAAUUUUCACUUCAACAGGAUGAGGAUAUACCCCAUAACGAAGUGAAAAAUUGGGCUUUGAAAUUUGGUGUUGAUCUUUGGGAAUUUGGACGACAAUUUACUAAAAUGAAUGAAAUUCAACAUAAAUAUCACGAAGUUGAAGUGGACGUUGUUCGAAAAGAUGGGUUAAUUUUAACUAGAGAAAUGGCCGUGGAAGUGAAAAAUAUGAUGGACUUUAAAAUGAGUGCUGUGAUGCGUAUAAUGGAUAGCGCCGAACAAGCUGCAUUGUCACCGAAACCCGGUACCGUUGUGUCAGCUGCAGAUGGAGCUAGCAGUUCAAGUAAUGGUGGCGGUAACAUGCGCUAUUAUAAUGCGCAUAAACUUGCUGCUGAUGGACGAUUGUCGAACGGCGGUCGAGAGGUCAUUCUUACACCGAAUAGACAUUUCGACCAUCUACCGGUAAACACUAGCAUCAGUUCGGUUUUAAUGCCAACCCCUGUCACUGAUUCAGAUGCUGAAGUACAAAAUUCAAUACAAUGGUCAGAACAUUUGGAUCCAUUGUUUGCAAAUAAUUAUGAAACGGAUCCUUCAUUAUCUUGGCAAUAUUUUGGUAGUUCUUUAGGAUUUUUACGACGAUAUCCAGCAAUUGCUUGGCCACCAGAGGAUCCGGCUUCUUUGAAUGCGAAAGGUGAAAAAACCGAUCGCGAUGAUCACAUUUACGAUUUUCGACAUUCAGCAUGGUUUGUUGAUGCUGCUACAAGUCCAAAAGAUUUAGUUAUUUUACUGGAUGCAUCUGGUUCCAUGACUGGUCAACGCAGCCAAUUAGCUGCGGCAACUGUACGUGAAAUUUUGGAUACACUUGGCAGCAAUGAUUAUGUCAAUGUGUUUAAAUUUUCUGAUUACACCGAAGAAAUUGUACCUUGCUUUAAGGACUUAUUGGUGCAAGCUAGUCCAGAAAAUAAACGUGAUUUAAAAAAUGCGUUGGAUACAAUUCGACCAGAAAAUAUUGCAAAUUUUACAUCAGCUUUAGUUACUGCAUUUGAAAUUUUGCAUAAGUAUAAUCGUACUGGUCAAGGAUGUCAAUGUAACCAAGCUAUAAUGCUAAUCACAGAUGGUCCACCUUCCACAUUUCAAGAUAUUUUGCAAAUGUAUAAUAUGCCACACAGAUUGGUUCGUAUAUUUACGUAUCUAAUCGGAAAAGAUUCGAGUAAUGCUGCCGAGAUGAGUUGGAUCGCUUGUAAUAAUAAAGGAUAUUAUAAGCGAAUAAGCUCAUUAAAUGAAAUUCCUGAGAGUGUUCAACAAUAUAUUUUUGUUAUGGCCCGUCCAAUGGUUAUGUAUCAGAACAAUCAUCCAAUUCAGUGGACUCCAGUUUAUAUGGGAGGAAAAAGCAGUAGCCUACGUCCAAGUGCCCCAAUGCAACUAAUGACUUCAGUUACAACACCAGUUUUUGAUCGGCGAAAUCAUUCUGUACGUGUUGCUAAUUUAUUGGGAGUUGUCGGUACAGAUGUUCCAAUCGAGCAGAUAAUCAAAUUAGUUCCCCCAUAUAAGCUUGGCGUAAAUGGUUACUCAUUUAUUGUAAAUAAUAAUGGCCAUGUGCUCUAUCAUCCCGAUUUGAGGCCAUUAGUUAAUAAUAAAUUCGAAAAAAGUUUAGAACCGGAAUAUACUUCGAUUGAUUUAACCGAAGUUGAAUUAGUGGAAAAUGAAAGUGGACCACGAGAAAAUAACUCCAUGCUUUUGGAUCUAAGGCACGAUAUGAUAGAUCAAAAAGAAGGAGAAAUUGAGCUCAGUGUCAAAGUUCACUAUGACAAUAUGAAACGAGUUACUACACGUAAACACAAAUAUUUUUACAAUCCAAUUGAAGGUACACCAUUUUCUUUGGGAUUAGCUAUUCCCGAAGGAUAUGGCAUGUAUGAAGUCAUAGCUGAACAGGAAAUUAAACAUAGUCCUGUGAACGUAACGGAAUAUUUUAAAGGAACUAAUUGGAAAGUACAUCCUGAUUGGGUUUACUGUGAAUAUAACAGCGUUUCUGAACAAUAUUUGGGAACGGCUGAAGAUCGAGUACUACAUUUUUUAUCACGAACCCGAGCACCUGGUUGGAAAUGGAUGUCAAUGAGACCACGAGCACCGCCUUUAGGUCCAUUAACAACAGCCCAUGGACCCGUUAUACAUCAUGUGCAAACUACGCCUCAUAAAAAAACCGAAAAAGAUUCUUAUUACUGUGAUAAAACAUUAAUGCAAUCGCUAGUCCAGGAUGCAAUCGUUACGGAGGGUAUGGAUAAACACAGUUCAACGCAUUCGACGCACAAGGAGGAUAAACACCCGAUAGCCACGCUGAUGGCUCUUUUGCACAGACAAGGCUAUCAGAUGUUUGGAGUAACAUUAUCGUUCAUUGCAACACGAAGUGGUUUAUUGCGUUGGAUUGAUCAUGCAACCACGUCAACAGACUCAAACGAACCACAUUUUUCGGAAUUGAAUACACGUGCGACAGAUGAAACUUGGUAUCGUCGUGCUGUUGACCAGCAUGCAAUCGAACCAGAAAGUUUUGUAUUUUCUGUACCAUUCGAUGCAGACGAGAUGUAUGCACGUGGAGGAAUUGGACAACGUGGCCCAUUAGUAACGGCCACACAUGCAAUAUUUAUCGAACGCAAAGGUCACAGAGCUCCAGCCGCGGUUGUCGGUCUGCAAUUCCAGCACUCGACCUUAGCUUCGCAUUUCAUUAAUAUUACCUCAGCCUGUACAGGAACAACUGCCUGCCGUAAAACAUGCGCUUCCGAUGAACUAGAUUGCUAUGUUUUGGAUAACAAUGGUUUUGUCAUUUUAUCCGAAAGUCCUGAACAUACUGGUAAAUUCUUUGGACAAAUUGAUGGAACAAUUAUGGAUUCGUUAGUACAGGAUCGUAUUUAUAAGAAAGUUGCAGUUUAUGAUUAUCAAGGAGCUUGUUCCAGUGAUAAAAGUCAUUUUAAUAAAGGGGUUAAAUUUAUUUCGCCGUUACAGCCUUUAGGGUGGUUUUUCGAAUGGACAAUUGGAACAUUAAGUUUCUGGUUUUCGAUGAUGGGUCAAAGUUACGCAAAAUCUUUCUCCUAUGCAAAUGAUGAUGAUUAUGAAUAUGAUACCUAUGUGACCGAUGACAUAAACAUGGAAUCGGAACCACAACCAGCCGGUCCAAGUUCAAUUCCAAACGAUAUAAAACGUCCAACGCCUGAAGUAAACAAAGAAGUUACUAGAACAACGUCUUCCACAACCGAUUCUUCGAGUGGUACCACCUCCAGCACUGGAGGUCAUGUGUACCCAUGUGAUAAACGUGUUGAUCUGUAUAUUUUACAACCGGAUCGUUUAAACACGAGUGGCCUGAGUAAUCCGUUAAAGGGCAAAUUAACAAAUUGCCAUAUUACGGGUUGUGAACGACCAUUUAGUGUACAAAAAAUUCCUCAUAGCAACUUAAUUUUAUUAGUUGUUGAUACUUUAUGCCCAUGCGGUAGCAAACAAUUGAGUAUAGGAGCGUAUGAAGUCUUGUAUGAUACAAGUCGAUGUCGGGUCAAACCUAUGGAAGCACUUUAUCGACGUCGACCACCGAAAUGUAUCAACUAUCAUCCAGAAGAAAUUGAAAUAAAAUUGUGUGGCAACUGUGGAAAAUUCCAGGCAUCGAUUUUCCUCGAAUUUUUAACAAUUGCAUUCACAUUAUCAAGAUUCACGUGAUUUGAAUUCCAACACUAAACAAACAAACAAAAAUUCGAAAAAUUCUAACAAAAAAAAAUUUAAUUAAAAGUUAAACAAAAAAAAAUUGUUAAAUACACGAAAAAUUCCCAAAAAAUUAAAAAUACUCCCAAAAAUUUCAUUACAUUUUGAAAAACCAACAAAAAACAAAAUGGGUAGAGCAUUCAUUUCAUUUGAAUGGCAGCAUUGAUUCCAAUUCGGAUCAUCAGAUGGGUCCACAUACAUACAUUGUUCGUUCUAAAAAAAUUUAUUCCAAAAAAAAUGAAAAAAAAAAAUUAUGUACAUGAGCAAAUGUCUAAAUGUUUGGCGCAUGUGUAAAUAUGAACGGUACGUUUGAGUUUAGCUUUAUUUAUUAAAAAAAAAAGUGUAAUUUUUAAGAAUGCGCGCGAAUUCUAAGUAAGCUACAUAUUUAAGCCCUUGAGAGAAUGAUUUAUCACUUUUUUAAUUCGUUACAAUUUUUAAAAAAUAAAACGAAGUUUGGCUGGCCAAUUGUUGGUAAUAAUUUGUAUGAAUGACUCAUUUAAAAAAACAGUUUUUAUGCCAAUAUUAAA